AUGCCUGCAGCCCUUUGCCCUGCCACCCUAAACGGAAAAGCUCUAAAGCAAAAGAACAAUAGCCCCUGCGGCCAUGCAGGACAGCGAGAUGAUGUAGCCUGGCACACGCUGCAAGCUGCCAAGGUCCAGAGCAUCCAGUAUGCAACGGUGAAUCCUCACUACCCGGCCUCAAGAAGCCUUGCCGCGAGAUCGGAGUCCAACAGCACGAGCUACCACACUUGGCUUCCCCCGAUGCCCCGUGGAGUUCAGCAUCCGCUUGGCUUCGUUUCUCUUCAAGCACACCUUGUCAAGGCCUUCUGCCUUCCUCCGAAGGCAUGCCACUCGUCCGAGCAGGGUUUUUCUGGGCUCCCGUAUCUCGAGUUCUCUCGGGCAAUUCAAAUCGAAAAUGAUUUUGGGGCAUGCAUUGUACCAUGA